GGCAAGUGUCUACUGUGAGACCGAUAGACAAAAUUGCAAGCAGCGUGCCAUGGGUGACGCGCAGCUCCGACAGUGGUUCAACGCGAUCGAUGUAGAUAGGAGUGGACAACUAGACGCGGAGGAAUUGCAAAGAGCCUUGGCACUGGGCGGCUUGCACUUCUCCCUAAAUCUUGCAAACAAAAUGAUCAGAAUACACGACAGGGACAACUCGGGCGCAGUCAGCGUCGAGGAGUUCAAGACCCUGCACCAAUUUUUGCUGGACACACAGAACAGGUUCCAGCAGGCUGACACGAGGCGGCAUGGGCGCAUUGACAAGCAGACUGUGGAGCGUGCGUUGCAGGCACAAGGGUACAAGCUAGAUGGGCCAGCCUUCCACACUCUCUUCAAUGCCUACAACCCGGAGCGCAAUGGCACCAUGGACCUGACAGAGUUCAUCGCCAUGACGCUGUUUUUGCAGAGCGCAAAUGCCACAUUCUCUGCUUUUGACCAGCAGCGGAUGGGCCGCGUGACACUGGACUACAACCAGUUCAUCUAUGCCGCUGCCAAUGUCGUUUAGGCAACAUGUAGACACAUGCGGCCGGGCGUCUGCACUGUCCCCACUGGUUUCAGUGGAAGGGACAAGUCCAUAGAAUUCUGACUCUGUCUUGGAAGUGCCGUGGAACCCCUGAAUUGAGAGGUGGCACAGUAUGGCAUACCAAACAUGGAAACAUGGGAACGCAUUGCUGCUCCGGAAGCGGUCCGACGGAGGAAUAGAAAAUAGAGAAUGAGAUAAGCAGACAUCAAGGCAGACGGAGCGCCAGAGAAGAGAGGAAGGCUGCCUAGAGUUUGAUUGUGAGUUCAUGACGUCAGGGACUGCGACUGCUGUUGACAGAGAAUGCCGCGGCUGCUGCAGCAGCUUGGUGGCAGCGCUGCAGUGAACAAGCUUUAGUAUGUGGAACUGCAAAUCAUAUCUCCAAUUGGGAUGAGUUUGACCUUGAUGGGCUUUCAUUUAUUGCUUCUGCUAGGUGGGGCUGGUCAAGGAUGUCUGAUCAUCAAAGUCUGACUCAAUCGGACGCAAGCUCAGCUCUGAUCAGUCGUGAAUUCAGCGAAGACUGCGAGCUCGAGCCGCACUUAUAAUAAGCAUGACAGAUUGUAUUCAGUUCAGGGUGUGAAGAGGUCUGUGACAAACUUGCAUGAGAGUUCUUAUUCCUCAUAAAUCAACAUAAUAUUUUGUAAUGUAAGUAGACUGAAUUUG